AUGGAUGCAGAAAUUGAUCUCUGCGAGUAUUGUUUUACCGCCGAUGACUUUUGUAAAAGAAACAUAACAGGAUUAAAAGAUUGCAGUCUCUUCAAUAUUACAUAUCAUGGAACUUUUCCAUUUAGAACAUUUUAUAAACACAUUAUAUUUUCUUCAAUACGAUUUGAACAGGUUUCCGAAGGCAGUUUGAAAAUUUUGAUAAAGGAAGAAGGCAGGCCUAUUAUAAAAGAAUAUCAAUUAAAUAAAGACGGAAAUUAUGAAUUGGAUAAGACAAUUGCUUUACCUGACAGAACGAAAGAUUUUGGAUAUAUAUACAAUGGAAGUUAUUACAGUCGACAUCGUUACCAACACAAAGUCGUCAAAUACAAUUUUGAGACUGGGGAAUCGACAACAGGAGAGAAGCUCCGUCAUAUUCCAGCUUACGAUGUCUUAGUAUUCCACUUAGACCAGAAUUAUAUCUGGAUAUUUAACUUAAUAAAUCUUACCUUGGAUACUUAUGAGGCUGUUCAAAUCAAUCCGGAAGAUUUACAGGUUUUGUCGCAGCAAAAUAUCAAACCAAAUUAUUGUUUCAUCAAAUAUCAAUUCGUUGCUUUUGGCAAGGUUUAUUGCCUUUAUGAUGGCGAGAAGUUGAAAGUUUAUCUUUUGUCGGAUUUUAACGAAAAUAAAAAUUCGCAUAUUACCGAUAGUGAAGAAGUGUAUACCGACAGAGAAGAAGAAUUUCAUAUUAUAAAACUGUUCUAUAAUUUUAAAGAAAGACAACUUUAUCUAAUUGAUCGAUCAUAUGUGACUAAUAAUUAUACCAUUCAUAGUUACAAAUUACGCUUCAAUUGUCCAUAUGAAGAGUAA